AUGAGUUCGCCAUCAUCUUGUCGCCGCCAGCAACACCGAUUUCAACAUCAACGUUCGCGCACAAACGAGUACGCAUCGGCAACAAAUGGUAAUACGAAUUCACACUCGCGCGAUGAUAUGAAACAACAUCCAGUCGCUGAAAAGAGAUUUGUUCAGAAACAGAGACGUCUUGGUCAAAACAGCAACGUCUUCGCCUCCGUUACCUCUUCUUCUUCCUCUUCUUCUAAGACGAAAGGUGAAAACAAAAAGCAGAAAUCGAGAACGCACGCGAGCGAUGGCACGACGAACACAAACAACAAGAAAAGAGCCAUUCCGCUGUCUAUUUGGGAAAGCCGGAAAGGCUCUAAUUUUAAGCUUCAGUAUGCGCUCGAUGGCAACAAGCUUCGUUUACUGUCGCCGGAGGAGGCACGAGACUUGAGCUCAAACAAGAACGGCGCUUUCUCUUUCGAUCCGUUACACUUGGGUAGGAAAAAACGAGCUUUCCUUCGACAAAUAGAUAACAUCCGAGACUCAUUCUUCCCGCAGAAAACUUCCGUGACGUCGGAUUAUUGGGACUAUGCGAAAUAUCGCUUCACGCAACGAAUCGCGAGUUCUUGCAUGACGGUUCUAGCGACGCAACAAAUGCUUGCGGCUAUCGGUCUUGGUGCUUCAAGAUCAAUACCGGCCGCGGCGGCUUUGAAUUGGGUGUUGAAAGAUGGAUUAGGUAGAUUAGGAAAGCUCUCUGUGGCAACUAACUUUGGUAGAAGUUUUGAUUCAGAUGUAAAGCGUUUGCGAUUUUCGUCCUCCUUGGUGUACACAGGCGCUGUGUUUAUAGAGACGAUAACGCCCUUCUUUCCCAAACAUUUCUUGGCCAUCGCCACGGUUGCAAACGUUGGCAAGUCGAUCGGGAUAACAACUGGCAACGUUGUCAGACCGCCGAUUCAAAAAACAUUCGCAUUGGAGGAGAAUUUAGGUGAAAUAGCAGCGAAAACGUCUGCGCAACAAGUCUUGGCGGAUAACAUUGGCUUAGCUCUGGGAGUAUCAGUCAUGAAGUUUCAAACAAAGUUUGUGUCCCUAGCUCUUCAACGCGCGGUUCCGUUGGCGCUAUUUCCUAUUUUAGCGUCGAUUGAUUUAGUUUCGAUUCAUAAACAGCUGAAGUCGGUUCAGCUUCGAACGGUGAAUAAAGAGCGCGCUGAAAUUAUUGCCGAAGCUUUUGUUCGGGAAAAGAAGCUCGCUACUCAACUUCAAGUUGCGGAAAAAGAGCGCUUGUUGUUCCCUGCCCGUCUCGAUGCGUCGGCGCUUCCGUUGAGAGUAACAAGUUUAGGGAACGCGUGUUCGACACUAGACGCGCUCGCAUCUGCUUUUAAAGAUGACGUACACAGACCGUACGUCUUAUCUUACGAACCGUAUGUGCAAAAGAAAAGAACUGUUCUAUCUGGAAUAUUCAUGCGUGAUCGGAAACCGUUAAAGUAUAAAGGAAGGGCGCUCCUCGCUUUGUCGCACCGCGCAACUUCGAAAGACGUUUUACAGGGUAUUUUGCAAGUCGCGCAUAUUCGCAACUUGCCGUUUCGAAAGGAUUUAAACGAGAAAGAAGCGUACGAUUGGGCAGUAUCAGAAUCAUCUCGACGCGCGAAAGCAGACGUGAAUGCGUUUCAUAACCAAAUAGUUAGCAACGGGUGGCAAGCGAACUUGAUUUUACUUUCGAGUAACGAACGGAUGCCUUAUUUUCUCGACGAGAAGGAAAUUAGGAGCUUGCUCAAGCUCGCACACAAGUAG